AUGGCCGGGAUGGGAUACAUGCGGACGAUGGCAACAACAGCAUCCUCCAACGAAGCACCCGCACCCUCAAAAGCAGCACCAGCACCAGCAAAAGCGUCUCGCGAUCGAUUUUCCGCCAAACUAGAGGGCGGACCCAACUUUAGCGAUUUCCUCACCUCGUCGCCAAACACCAUCUCUGCCGAGGAGGCGCUGGAGCUCAGUGAGCCCGUCGUGUCGAUCGAGGAGACGAUCGCGAAGGCUGAGGCCGCCGCCGCCGCCGCCGCCGAUGGUAUGACACCAUCAACCACAUCACCACCAAAGGAAAAACCCCUAACAGGCGCCGCCCUCCGCCGCAAAACCCACGUCCGCCUCCCCUCCUGGCUCAAAACAUCCAUCCCCAUCGGCGAAGACUUCUCCCGGAUCAAAAAAGACCUCCGCGGCCUGCAACUCCAUACCGUCUGUGAGGAAGCCAAAUGCCCCAACAUCGGUGAAUGCUGGGGUGGCGGGUCCGAUAACCCUGACAAAACGGCGACGGCGACGAUCAUGCUUAUGGGCGAUGAGUGUACCCGCGGGUGCCGAUUCUGCUCGGUAAAGACCAACCGCGCCCCCAAACCCCUCGAUGCGAAUGAGCCAGAACAUACCGCGGAGGCGAUCUCACGGUGGGGCCUGGAUUAUGUCGUGCUUACGUCCGUCGACCGCGACGACCUCCCCGACGGCGGCUCCCACCAUUUCGCACAAACAGUCCAACUGAUCAAACAAAAAGCCCCCCAUAUACUGGUCGAAUGCCUCACGGGCGAUUUCGCGGGAAACCUCACCGCCGUCGAAGCGGUCGCGAGAUCGGGCUUGGACGUGUACGCGCACAACGUCGAGACGGUCGAGAACCUCACCAAAUACGUCCGCGAUCGACGCGCGACGUUCAGGCAGAGUCUGGCGGUGCUUCAACACGCCAAACGGGUCAGACCGGACCUGAUCACAAAGACGAGUAUGAUGCUGGGCCUCGGGGAGACGGAGGAGGAGGUGCUGCAGGCUAUGGCGGCCCUCCGCGAAAACCACGUAGACGUCCUAACCCUCGGCCAAUACAUGCGCCCGACAAAGAAGCACAUGAAAGUGCACGAAUACAUCCACCCGUCGCGGUUCGACCACUUUGCCGACCGCGCCCGCCAAAUGGGGUUCCUGUACGUGGCCGCUGGCCCGCUGGUCAGGAGCUCGUACAGGGCCGGCGAGUUUUACGUCAAGAAUGUCCUCAAGGGACGACGCAGCGCGGAGGUGAGGGAUGAGCUGCGGUUGAGUGCGGAGGCGUGA